CCCAAAAUGCAAUCAUUGCCUCGCAGCAAUUCGUCAACGAAGCAUUCGCCAAGUGCCACUGCCACUGCCACUGCCACCAAGGAUUAUCACUCGAAAAAAAGGGAUUACCAAGCAAUCAACGAAGGAACCUCCUAACCAUGUUUGUGCAAAAAGUGCUUGUCGGCUGCCUGGUCCUGGUGGCUCUGAGCCAGGCUCGUCCCCAGUACGGCUACGAGCAGCCGAGCAGCGCGGAUCUCUUCCUCGGCGGCGGAUCCUCGCCAGCGGGCAGUAUUUCCGGCAUCGGUGGCUCCUCCGGCGGCGGCGGUAAUGGCGGUGGUUUGGUCAGCAUCCAGCCACAUCGCGGUGGCGACAAGUACCUGCCGCCGGCGAGCACCACCCAAGCGCCCAUCAUCAACAAGAAGUUCUACUUGGUGUCGGCACCCGAGGAUCACAGCAACGAUGGCAAGGUGAAGCACCUGGUGCUGGGACGUCCGCAGAAGAACUACCGCGUGGUGUUCAUCAAGGCGCCGGCCGGCGACAAUGCCAACGUGAAGUACUCGGCCGAGUUUGCGCCGCAGGAGGAGAAGACCGUCAUCUAUGUGCUGAGCAAGAAGGACAACGAUGUGGACGCCAGCGACAUCGCCACCCCGGCUCCGACGCAGCCCAGCAAGCCGGAGGUGUUCUUCAUCAAGUACAAGACCGACGACGAGGCCAAGCAGGCGCAGCAGGAGAUCCAGGGGCAGUACGACAAGCUGGGCGGCACCAACGAGUACCAGGAGGACAGCAAUGCACCCAUCACCUCGGUGAUCGGCAGCCUCGACGGCCUCAAUCCCGAUGGCAGCUACAACUACCGCCAGAUCGCCAAUCGGCCAGCGAACCUUGUGGCUCCCAGUGCCCAAUAUCUGCCCAGUCUGCUGAAGCACUAGAGCAUCUAGGGGAUCAUCACCCCGAAUCGAAUCGAAUCGAAUCGAAUCGAAUCGAAUCGAAUCACCAGAAUCACUCAGAAUAUCAGAAAACAAUCCCAUUUAUCGAACCCUGUUGUGUUGCGUAUUUUUAAGAAGCCAAUCUAUAUUUUUUUUGUAUUUUUUUUAUGUUGUUGUUAUACCGAAAUGUUGUUAAUAAAAAGCUUAUAUUAAAAACAAA